AUGAUAAUUAUGAUAAUUUAUCAACCAAAAUUAGUAAUCUAUUAAAUAAUAUUAGUUUACCAAAUUAAGGGGAAACAAUCCUAAAUGGUAAUUUGUCCAAUCUUUUGUCAGAUAAAAUAACUUAAAAAAACUUGUACAAAUAUGUUUUAAAUUAUCAAGAUAAAGGACGGCUGUUGGCUAUGUAAAAUGAAUCAGAUUCAUAGAAUUAAACUAGCGUAUUUUCUAUUUCAAGAAAUAAUUAUAAAUAAAAUAUUUAUGAGAAUACUCCAAAUUUUUAGGCUUACACUGAUCAAAUCAAAAAUAUUAGUUCAAACUUCACUUUCUCAAAAAAUUAACUAAUAUCACCUUAGAUUUAAGAUUCUUCUUAAAAACCCAUAAGUAAUUCAAAUAUUAUAUACUCAUUUGAUCAAGUAAAAUCAAAUAAUUAAUAUAAUAUGGCAUGUCUCUAAAAAACUGAUCAAUCAUGGAGUAAAAAAAAUUGUAGUAUUGUUAAAUUUACUGAAGCUAGUUACAUGUGCUUAUGUGGUUCUUAAUAGCCUACAACAAUGGUUGAAGAUGUCGAAGAUAUGUUUACAAAAAAUAAAAAUCUGUAGACAGCCUUUGGAGAAUAAGGUCUAUCAAACUUUUCAAAUUUUACUAACUUUUAUAAGUUUGUAGUAUUUUGGCUAUUGA